AUGCGGCAACACGAAGACAGCACAACAAGACGACGAGACAGUCAGCCCUAUUGGUUGUCCCAUUCGCCAUCAAUGAGAAGACAUCCAAUGGUCCGACUAGAAGCCGAUUGGUCAAUCGGAUUCACCGAAUCCCGAUGGGAUCACUGGCCCAUAAUGCACCCCCAUCGGGCUUUUAUAAAUAGUCUCAAAAGUAACUCGUUUUGUCUACCAAACCUUGACAAAGUUCAUCAACAUUGUGGCUUUUUUACCGGCCCAACUCAUCGCUUGAGACUAAGGCUGCUCUCCGCUUGCUCCUCACAGACUCUAGACUGUGACAUUGUGUUGUUGUGCUGUUGUGCCAUAAUCUGUAGAUGCAUCAGUGUCCCUUGUCUGCCAGUCAGUCUCUUUCAACCAAACGCACGUCGGAGGAUGCAGUCUCGUCUGUCUUUUGUUGGCAUUAUGUUGGUCUCCUUUCACGUCAGCCUCUGCUUCGAGCAAGCCCCAACGGAAGGUAAGGCCAAACAAUAA